CCAGGCUAAGCGAGCUACAGCAUCCCUUCCUGCCGUGCCCGCCGGUGUUGGGUUUAUAUAUACCUCCACGCACCACCCAGCACGGCAACAGGUACCCAUUGCCAAACAACACGACGCCCCACCACUCCCCCGGCCCUAAUAGAAUGGAGGUGCACUCGGCGCCGGCGGUGGGGAAGCGGAUGUGGAGCUACCUGCGCGCCGUCUUCUUCAUGGCGCGCAAGGGCCUGCUCUCCAACAAGCGCAAGCUCCUCCUCGGCAUGCACCUCCUCAUCAAGCGCCGCAACAAGGCCGUCUCGCGCACCGUCGCCGCCCUCCUCUCCCACCACCACCGCCACGGCCACGGCAGUAACCACGCGCUGCGCCGCCGCGGCUACGAGUUCUCCUGCACCAACAGCCCGGACCCCGCCGCAUCCAGCAGGCGCCACCUCGCCUACUUCCCCUGCCUCGGCGCCGUGGCCGAGGAGGACGCAGCCGGCAGGAUCGAGUACUACGGCGCCGCCGCCGCCGCGUCCCCAGCGCCGUCGUCGUCGCCGGGGCUCCUGCUGCGGGAGGAGCUCGCGCCGGGGGAGCCAGCCGCAGAGGAGUCCUACUGCUGCGCCUGCGCGUCGCCCGCGCUGCUGCUGGGCGGCGGCGACGGCGCAUUCUCGGUGCGGGUGUCUAACUACUCGUCCGAGGACGAAGGGGGCGCCGCCGCCGGCCAUCAGGCCGUGGACGACGAGGCGGAGGAGUUCAUCCGCCGCUUCUACGAGCAGCUCCGCCGCCAGAACACCGUCGCGCUGCUCCCCUACAUGCACGAGUCCGCCGCCGCGUGAUCCGAUCCAUCGCGCCGGCCCUCGCCACGCACGCUCGCGUGCAUGCACGCCGUCACGCAGAUGGCCAUGUCAUCGAUCGAGUUGAUCUUGACGAUCAGCAGCAGCAGCCGCCGCGGAACUUUAAUUUGGACGGAUUGCUUGGCGUGGCGUGCAUGUAAGAAAUGAAUGUACAGAGCAAUGCAUGUACAAUAGUAUGUAUACGUGCCCACGUACGUUUUGCAUGUAUGUAUGUGUACGUAUAUAUUGUAAUGUGAAGAAAGGAAGAUGUUGAUCAGCCCCCCAUGCUGGUUUUGGUUGCUGUUACUAGUUGCAUCACACAUAUUGUACACCCUGUUUUCCCUCUCAGCAUCUUCAAUGUCUGUUCUCAGCA